CCAGCCUCAGGUCCAGGGCAGCCCCCCACAUCAUUCCCCUCAAGGUCACACCCUCAGGCUCAGACACCCCAGGGUCGGGCUGGCGUUACUCAGGCAGCCGGCUCUGAACUCUGGGCAGCUUCAUCUGCCCGCCUAGGUGGCUCCACGGGGCGGGCCCCUAGGCCAGGGAGGGCGGGGCUCACAUAGAGACUUAAAAAGCUCCCCAGGUCCCCACCCGCGCCUGACCGCGGCAGCUCCCAGCAUGGCGGAGACCAAGCUCCAGCUGUUUGUCAAGGCAAGUGAGGACGGGGAGAGCGUGGGGCACUGCCCCUCCUGCCAGCGGCUCUUCAUGGUUCUGCUCCUCAAGGGCGUACCCUUCACUCUCACCACUGUGGACACGCGCAGAUCCCCAGACGUGCUGAAGGACUUCGCCCCUGGCUCGCAGCUGCCCAUCCUGCUCUGUGACAGCGAGGCCAAGACAGACACGCUGCAGAUCGAGGACUUUCUGGAGGAGACUUUGGGGCCGCCGGACUUCCCCAGCCUGGCGCCUCGGUACAGGGAGGCCAACACCGCCGGCAAUGACAUUUUCCACAAGUUCUCCGUGUUCAUCAAGAACCCGGUGCCGGCGCAGGACGAAGCCCUGUACCAGCAGCUGCUGCGCGCCCUCGCCAGGCUGGACAGCUACCUGCGUGCGCCCCUGGAGCACGAGCUGGCGCUGGAGCCGCAGCUGCGCGAGUCCCGCCGCCGCUUCCUGGAUGGCGACCGGCUCACGCUGGCGGACUGCAGCCUGCUGCCCAAGCUGAACAUCGUCGACACCGUGUGCGCGCACUUCCGCCAGGCGCCCAUCCCCGCGGAGCUGCGCGGAGUCCGCCGAUACCUGGACAGCGCGCUGCAGGAGAAGGAGUUCAAGUACACGUGUCCGCAUAGCGCCGAGAUAUUGGCCGCCUACCGGCCCGCCGUGCAUCCCCGCUAGCGCCCCGCCCCGCCUCUGCCGCCUGAUAAAGGCAUCUCUGUCCGA